UAAUUGCGGAUAAAGCACUACCACUCGCUCAGAGCGAAGCUUUUCCGCAAAUCGGCGGCCACCGGCUCUCCUCCUCCUCCUCCUCCUCCUCUGUCGUCGUCUUCACGGCCGUCGUAUUCAUCUCUCUGAAUGGCGACGUUGUUAAAAUUCUAUAAACCAUUGGUACCUUCCCGCCUCUCGCCUCUCCCAGUUCGCUUCCACAACUUUAAAACGCUCAUUGCCGCCGCCAGAAACCGACCGAGGGUUCGGUGCCUGAGUACAGCAGGAAAUUCAAACCAUAAAGUGAAUUUAACGGAGAGUAACGGCGCCGCCGUUGACGGCGACGGAACAGAAACUCAAUUGAAGAAACAACAACUUUGGUUACACAACACAAUGAGCAAACAAAGGGAACUAUUUAUACCAAAAGUUCCGGGAAAAGUUGGAAUGUAUGUCUGCGGUGUAACGGCGUAUGACCUCAGCCAUAUCGGCCAUGCUCGUGUUUAUGUUAGCUUUGAUGUUCUUUAUAGGCAGAUACCUGAAUUAUUUGGGAUAUGAGGUCAAUUAUGUGCGGAACUUCACCGAUGUUGAUGAUAAGAUUAUUGCUAGAGCAAAUGAACUGAGGGAGGAUCCAAUUAAAUUAAGCAAACGCUUCUGUGAAGAGUUUCACCUAGACAUGGCAUAUCUUCACUGUCUUCCUCCUUCAGUGGAACCUCGUGUCUCUGAUCACAUGCCUAAUAUAAUCGAUAUGAUUCAGCAGAUCCUCGAUAAUGGCUGUGCGUAUACAAUCAAUGGUGAUGUCUACUUUUCUGUAGACAAAUUUCCAGAAUAUGGAAAAUUAUCUGGGCGAAGAUUGGAAGAUAAUAGAGCAGGGGAGCGGGUGGCAGUAGACACAAGGAAGAAAAAUCCGGCUGAUUUUGCCUUGUGGAAAUCUGCAAAGGAGGGAGAACCUUUCUGGGAGAGUCCCUGGGGUCCAGGAAGACCUGGAUGGCAUAUUGAGUGCAGUGCCAUGAGUGCUGCAUACUUGGGAUAUUCUUUUGACAUUCAUGGUGGCGGGAUGGAUCUUGUAUUUCCUCACCAUGAAAAUGAAAUUGCCCAGAGCUGUGCUGCUUGUAAGAAGAGCAACAUAACCUAUUGGAUACACAAUGGUUUUGUCAACAUUGACUCUGAAAAAAUGUCAAAGUCCCUGGGGAACUUCUUUACAAUUCGGCAGGUGAUUGAUCUUUAUCACCCACUGGCCCUAAGGCUUUUCUUAAUUGGGACACACUAUAGAUCUCCCAUCAAUUACACGAUCGCGCAGAUUGAGAGUGCAUCUGAUCGCCUUUUUUACAUCUAUCAGGCUUUAUAUGAUAGUCAAAUUGUUCUCAGCCAGUAUGAUGAGGCAAGUCGGAAGGAUUCCAUUCCUGCAGGAACUGCUAGUUGUAUAAAUAAAUUCCAAGAUGAAUUUUUAGUUUCGAUGUCAGAUGAUCUUCACACUCCUGUUGCUUUGGCUGCUAUGUCGGAUCCAUUGAAAUUGAUCAAUGAUCUCUUACACACUCGAAAGGGUAAAAAGCAAGGACUGCGAAUAGAAUCGCUUGCGGCUUUAGAAAAGACUAUAACGAGUGGUCUGGAAAUUCUGGGGCUUGUGCCGACCAGUUAUGAAGAGGCUUUGCAUGAAUUGAGGGAGAAAGCUUUGAAGCGUGCAAAGUUGACUGAAGAGCAAGUUCGCCAGAAAAUCACAGAGAGGGAUACAGCAAGACAAAAUAAAGAAUAUGAAAGAUCAGAUGCAGUUCGAAAAGAAUUGGCUGUGGUAGGUAUUGCUUUGAUGGACAGCCCUGAAGGCACCACUUGGAGACCAGCUAUACCACUUGCUUUGCAGGAAGAGCAGGAAUUGAUGAGGGUUUCAGAUGCAAUCCUGGAAUUGUAAUUAGCCAACAAAAACUUAGCGGAACUGUCAACGGACAAGUAGUGUGGAAUACAACUGUGGAAAAUACAUGUGACUGUGUUCAACUUCAUGUUUCACUAAGCAUUCCCAAUUUCGAUUCUGCCGUUAAAGUUAACACUACCGUUAUCUCCCAAUCCCACGACGAUAUCUAUGACGUUAAUGGAGGUCUUCCAAUUUAUUCACACAGUGGUGUCUUCUUCACUUAUGCUGGCCAAAAGCUUGACGUUACAACAAAUGAUCGCACAGAGGCUUGUUCUUGAAAAUAUUAUUGUAGAGAAUAUAUUUUCCUUGAUUUCUAUGGGUUUAUACGGUAAAAGAAAAAUUAUUUCUGCUUGAGGGAAAUAAAUUAAAUUGCUUUGUCUU